AUGUUUCCAAUCACCCCAACAACUAGUACAGUUGGACAACCUUGGACCAUUUACAACCAAUUCCGUUUGACAAUGGAUUCAGGCUUACAAGUUGCUCAGCAAAAUUCUUCACCAUCAACAGGUGGCAAUGUAAUUUUACUUAAUAAUAAUGAUAUGAUGCAACAACGAACAAGUAUCGGCGGACAGCAAAUUAUCUUAAAAACAAGUUCAUCGCCGACCUCAAAUUCUACGCAAGGUCAAAUUCUUCAAACAGCAGACGGACAACUGAUUAUUUUACAAAGUGCUGAACAACAACAAAGUCAAUCCACACAAUAUGUUCAAGUUGGUGGUCAAAUUCUACAAUUGAGUAAUGUACAAACUGCUCAACAGCCUCAAACAAUAACCAUUCCAGCUGGUGCAUUACAGCUCGGCGGUAAUGGGCAACAAAUCGUUCAACUUGCUACACCAACUAAAAUGCAGAACUCCUCACAAAACGGUUCAGUGAUUAUGAUGAUGCCAGGAAAUUCAGGUCAAUUACAAACUGUUCAAAUGCAAUCAGCCGGUACAGCAGCGACAGCACCUGCUCAAACAGCUGUAGCAUCUGAGCCCACAGAAGAAGAACCAUUAUAUGUUAAUGCUAAACAGUACAAUCGAAUUUUAAAGCGACGAGCAGCACGAGCUAAACUUGAAGCAGAAGGACGAAUUCCACGAGAACGUAAACGUAAAUUUCUUCAUGAAUCUCGUCAUCGACAUGCAAUGAAUCGAGUUCGUGGUGCUGGUGGCCGUUUUGCGCCUGGAUCGAAACAAAAGGCCUAG